GAUUACUCUAAACAAAGAACCGUUGAUAUUUCAUCUACGAAGCGCGACGUUGUUAUCGCAUGAAGGACAUGCCAAACACCAAGUGUGCAACGGAACAAAAUAUUAAUAAUUCAAACCGGAUAAAGCCACGGAAUAUCAAAUGUUUUUAUUUGCUUGAAAUAUAAUACAUAGUUAACAGGUCGCAUUUCGACACAGUCGUUGCCCGUAGAAGUUACAGUGAUGAAAUUGAACCGUGUUCUGGCAAAUAAUCGCUCGUGCUGUACGAAAUUUUUUAUAUUAUUAACUGGGGUAUACAUUGGACUGACAAUAUCUAAUUGGCUUCGCGGCUCGUACGAGUAUGGCGCGAGAAAACCGUGCGUGAAUAUUGUGCGGCGAACGUUAUCACGAGGCACGAUAUUCGCGCGACCACGACGAAUAUCGGACGAGUUAGACACGAAAGAAUUGAUCUUCGCCGGCAUCAUGACCGCCGAAAAGUUCCUCGAUUCAAGGGCCUCCGUCGUCUACAAAACUUGGGGCAAAAUGGCGUCGGGAAAAGUCGAAUUUUUCGCUGGAAACAAAACGGGAAAAUGGUCGUCGCGUUCCUUGCCUGUCGUUAGUUUACCAAAUGUCGAUGACAGAUACCCGCCUCAACGUAAAUCCUUGAUGAUGUUGAAAUAUAUGUAUGACAAUCAUAUCGAUAAUUAUGAGUGGUUCAUGCGAUGUGAUGAUGAUGUUUACGUUCGCACAGAUAAACUCAAGGAGUUCCUCCGAGGGUUCGACAGUUCCGAGGAUAUAUUUCUCGGGCAGGCGGGUCAGGGGCUUCCAGGCGAACGAGGCAAGCUGGGACUUGGGCCCAAUGAUAACUUUUGCAUGGGCGGUCCGGGCAUGAUCAUGAGCAGAAGUGUUUUGAAAAAGUUGGGACCACAUUUGGAAUAUUGUUUGCAAAACUUCGUGUCCUCCCACGAGGAUGUCGAGGUGGGGCGAUGUGUUAGGAAGCAUGUAGGGGUAGCCUGCAUCUGGGCAUUUGAGACGCAGUCGAUAUUCUAUCACAACCAGAGCAAAACGAAUGCCUUUCACUGGGACCUGGACACGAAAGCGGUGCAAAACGCAAUCACGUUGCAUCCCAUAAAGAAACCAGCCUACAUGUACCGCAUUCACGCGCACUUCUUGUCACAGAAGAUUCUGGCCGUGCAACACCGCUCUACCACCAAAACAAGCAGUCUACGAAAUCUCAAAAAGCUCACCGAAGCCACCUUAAGUAGAGGUGAGAUCGCAAGCAUGAAAAGCAAAAAAGACAUGAAUCGAGGAAUUCCACUAAACACGACAUUGCCUUGGGAAUUAUUUAGCCCUAAAAAACUCUACACUCCGACAACAUCGCCGUUCCUGCCUGUCGAUUACGCCAUUAAAAAGUGCUUCAAUUCCGUUCUGCGCAGAACUCUGGCGAAAAUCAACACGGAGGCAAAGAAAAUCAUAUAUCGUGAACUGAUGCUCUCAAAAGUCAACUUAGGGUACACAAGAAUAGCCCCCACUCGAGGCAUGCAGUAUAUUUUUGAUUUUCGUAUGGUAAUGUACCAACAUAUAGGGUUCAAUCGCCGUAAACUGCCCAUAAACGUGCAAUACCAAGCGCAUGUUCAACAGUCGUUUGGAAACUUGAUUUACACAUCGCGUAGCGUCGACAGAACUAGCCUACCUUACGUGAACAUCAUUUUGCCUUUGGCCGGAAGGUUCAAGGCUUUUGAAAGAUUUCUUUCAAAUUUCGAAAGGACCGUGUUGCUUACAAACGAGAAAGUUAGGUUACUGAUAAUGUAUUUUCCAAACGUGUCUGGUGCAUACGAUCACAAAAGGAUUUUGAAAACGUACACGGAUAAACAUAAUAAUUUUGAAGUUUUGUGGCAAACUGUGGACGGCGAUUUUUCCAGGGGACGGGCAUUGCAACUGGGACUCGCUCAUUUUCAGCCAGAAUCACUGUUGUUCUUCUGCGAUGUCGAUCUAGCUUUUGACGCGGAAUUCUUGACCCGUUGUCGACUAAACGCUGUCAAAGGGAAGCGCAUAUAUUAUCCUAUAGUGUUUAGUCAAUUUAACCAAAGCAUCUCGCUUAGUAAAAGACAUCGCGAAAGCUCUGGUCACGCGAAAAGAGAAGAUGAAACACAAUACGAAAACUUGCAAAUGGACCGUGGUUUUUGGAGGAAAUACGGCUUUGGUAUUGUGUGCGUCUACGGUGAGGAUAUCACAAGUGUAGGAGGUUUUGACUUGAAUAUUAAGGGUUGGGGUUUGGAAGAUGUUAGAUUGUAUGAACAGUUUCUUGCCAGUGGAAGAUAUGACAUCACACGAACUCCUGAUCCAGGAUUGGUUCAUUUGUACCACGUGUCUGAAUGUUCACCCGACUUGGAACCCAACAAGUUGAGAUCGUGUCGCAAUUCUGCCCUGUCUCAAAUUGCAAACGCUGGUUCGUUGGUGAAUUAUCUGACUAAGAAAGGUUAUUUAUUGUAGUUGAAAUAGACCUGUUGUGUUUACUCGCUGGCGUUGUUCACCAAUAGGGAGACAUAGAUAGGUAAAGUUCCCCAGUUUGGUCACCUUCAAAAGAUUUGGUUCGGAAACUAUGUCCACGUUUCUUGGUUUGCCGUCCUUGAAACAUGCAUGGUUAGGAAACAGUGUUUCCAGGUUCGUAGAUACUCCUAGGAAACGGUGACACCUGAAUAACAAAGCCAGUGUUUCCUGGUUUGUCUACCUUCGAUACGAGACUCGUAUCGAAGCUAGAUUGGGAUACAUGCUUUGGAGACAGUAUCUCUUGGUCUGUCGACCUUUUUGAAGCAUGGCUAGGAAACAGUGAAUAUAUGAACCAUUAUUAUAUAUUUAUUUUCGACAAAAAAGACGAGGACUGUUUUUUAAACGAAGUUAGUUGAAAUGUUAUAUUUAUCCUGCCUGAUGUU